AUGUCGGAUAUUAUUACACUUGAUGUUGGAGGAAAAUUUUUUAAAACAACGCGGAAAACUCUUAUGAAUUUUCCAUCGACUCGUUUGGGAAAGCUGGCCUCUGGAGUCCACAAUCUGGAUACUUCGCCAUUCGAUAGAAAUCACAUAAUCUUUUCAAACAUUCUGGAUUUCUACAGACACGGCGAACUUCAUCUACCAACGGGCAUGUGUGCUGCUGUUAUAAUCAAGGAGUUAGAGUACUGGGAAAUAGACCAGAGUCAUAUUGCUGAAUGCUGUCUGAAAAUCCUGACAGAAUUCGAAGAGAGUCUGCAAAAACGAAUAGAAUUGAAGAAGAGUUUAGAUGACUCAGAAUUUGAUUACACCUCUAAAGAAUUGGAACAGAGCAAAACCAAUCACGUCCUCAGACACAUAUGGUUGUUUUUAGACCGCCCUAAUUCAUCCAAAUUGGCAUUUAUGUACAGCCUUUUGUUCAUGCUGAUUACAGUAUUAUCUGUAGCCUUGUUCUGCAUGGAUACGCAUCCCUAUUUUAGAGACCAGAUCCAGACUUUGGAAGAAAUUCGAGCACUUAUGAAUUUUACUGAUCUGUUCGACGAUGUAAAUUUUGAUAACCCGAAAGAAGUUGUUUUUGUCACAACACUUACUAACCCCGGAGUGUACAACCUACAGAUUGCUUGCUUGGCGUUCUUUACCCUUGACCUUUUAAUUCACUUUGGCUCAUGUCCUGCAAAGAGAAAGUUUUUCCGGUCGCCACUUAAUUUCUUAGACGGGUUUUUAGUCUUCUCUAUGUGGACAACAACUAUCAUGGAAUUUGAAGAAAUAUGGAGCGCUGGAAGGAUAGCGGGUUUCGUAUAUAUAGUCUUUAAGCUUUGUUCCGUUUUCCGCAUGUUUCGACUUUUACGGUUAAUUCGUCAACACAAUGGUCUCAACAUGCUAUUUAUGGCAAUAAGAAGCAGUAAAUGGGAAAUAGUACUUUUACUUGUGGCUUUUUUGAUUUUCUCAACGUUUUUUGCGGGAUUUAUAUACUAUGCAGAGUACAAGGAACCGACUACAUUUCCGAACGUUUUUGAUAGCAUAUGGUGGGCCAUCAUUACCAUGACCACCGUGGGGUAUGGUGAUGAAUAUCCAAAAAGUGUUGGUGGGAGAAUUGUCGGAACGUUUUGCGCUCUUUCGGGAGUCCUCAUAAUUGCAAUGCCAAUUGCUAUUAUAGCGUCCACAUUUAGCGAUUUUAACGAUAAAAACAAAGUAAGACUGAAGAUUCGGUCGUUUAAGACGCGCAAAAACAAGAUCGAUGUUUUUGAAAUGAAAAAUGAACCAAAGGAAAUGUCAUCGUUAAAUUCAAAGUUUUAAAGCUUUGAUUUGCAAAAUAAAACAAAACAAGCUUUUUGUCGUAAUGAACAAUAAAGCAAAAACUCUGACUUGAAUGUUUGACACAUUGCUUUCGACAAACAAAAUAUUUAUUUUGACAUGAAAUAUACAACUAUUUAAUAUGAAAAUAUACAAGUAUAAGUUAUGGUUAUCAUGUAUAUUAUGUCAAAUAUUAGACGGUCCGAGGCGCAUCUAGCGCCAAUGUCGAACACUCUCAUUGUUAACUUAUUGGACACCUAGAGGUUAACCGAUGUCAUUCUGUGUUGGUACGUGACAUUACCCCUGUUCAUGCCAGAGAUAUUCUGUUAUUUCGGAGUUUACAGUAAAUAAUUUUCUCGAUUGAAGUAAGCAAAAGGAUCUGAAGAAUUUUAAACCAACCACUCCUGAAGCUUGAUUUUUUUUCAGAGAAAAUUCGUGAGAUAAUUUCUGAUAUUUUUCUCUAAUGUGCAAUAAAAGAUUCCGCAAAUGUGCGCAGGUUUGAAGGAUUUUACUCCAGGCAUUAUUUAAAAACAACGACGGACACUUGCUCAAAUAAUGUGCAACUGACAGGGCAACUGGUCACCACUAACGAAAAUACAAGUUUACAUCACAUAAUUAUUUGAUAUUUGGUUAGUGAUAUAGU